AUGUCCUCCAUGGAUGGGGCAAUAGGAAUUAUCUUCUUAUCACAGAUUAUAUUUGGAAUCCUGGGGAACUUCUGUCUUCUUUACCAUUAUACCUUCCUUCACUUAACUGACUACAGGGUAAGGUACACAGAUUUGAUUCUGAGACACCUGUUCGUAGCUAAUUUCUUGGUCAUUCUUUCUAAAGGAGUCCCCCAGACAAUAGCAGCUUUUGGAUGGAAAUAUUUCCUGAGUGAUUUCGAAUGCAAACUUCUUUUUUAUGUUCAAAGAGUGGCCAGGGGUGUGUCCAUUGAAAGCACCUGCCUCUUGAGUACCUUUCAGGCCAUCACCAUUGGCCCCAGGAACUCCAGGUGGGCAAGGCUAAAAGUAAAAGCUCCCAAGUAUGCAGGCUUCUCUACCAUCUUGUGCUGGACUCUGAACAUGUUAAUAAAUACCAUUUUUCCUCUUUAUGUGAGUGGUAAGUGGAUCAACAGAAACAUCACAAUGAAAAGAGACUAUGGAUACUGUCAUGCUGUAUUUCGAGACAAAAUCACAGAUUCACUAUUCGCAGCAUUGGUUUUGUUCCCUGAUAUCUUAUGUUUGGGGCUCAUUCUCUGGGCCAGCAGCUCCAUGAUUUUCAUUCUGCACAGGCACAAGCAGCAGGUGCAACAUAUUCACAGGACAAAUGCUUCCCACAGAUCCUCCCCUGAGUCCAGAGCUACCCAAAGCAUCCUUGUCCUGGUGAGCACAUUUGUAUUUUUUUACACUCUCUCCUCCAUCUUUCAAGUUCAUUUGACUCUUUUUAAUAAUCCCAGUCGGCUGAUGGUGAAUAUUUCUGAACUACUCUCUGGGUGUUUCCCAACUCUCAGCCCCUUUUUUUUUAUGAGCUGUGACUCCAGUGUAUCUAAACUUUGUUUUGCCUGGAUAAGAAACACAAAAUAUCCUAAUCUUAUCAGAUAUAUGAAAGUUGUAUGUGCAUUCACAAAAAUCAGUUGUUAG